AUGACCGGCCGGCUUCUACCGUUGCUCUCUGCCCUCGUAGCACUGGGUUUGUCUUUGAAUUUUCUGUUCCUUCUCUUAUUCUAUAGUCUGUUCAGAUUUUGAAUGUCAAGCAGCUAACUCCACCCCCAAGGUUACAAUAUUUUUCGCGUCAAUGUUUUAUCUACAUAUGCCAAUGGCCCUUUAAUAAGGCUGCUUUUUUGACCUCUUUUUCUAUCUUUUAGAUCGAAAAAGAUCAAAAUUAGUCCCGCGCGAUGAAACAUCGACGUGAAAAGGUACCGUUUCAGCAGGAGCGGAGUUAGCUGGUUGACAUUCAAAAUCUGAACAGACUAUAUCCUUGAAAACCGAUUGUAGUGCUCAAAAAUCAAGGUAUAAAACAUAAAACAUCAAGGUUUUUUUCUUCUUCACAUAAAUAUUCGAGUUUCCUGUUUAGACUCUAGACUCCUUACAAAACUUUUUUAAACUUUCAAUAAGCGGCUCCGUCUGACUUAUUAUAAUCGAGGUGAAAAUUAAUCUGAGGUGAGCAUAUUGUUCACGGUUUGGUAAUUUUCUGCCAUGAUCAUAGUUUGAUUUUGAAUUACUUUUCCGAAAAUGAACUUUUUAAGCGAAAACUUCCUGUUUUUUGAAAUAUACACCGAUCUGAAUAUCAAAGUUGAGGAUCGUGUCAACUCGCUGCAGUCUACUCAGACGCCUCGAGAUCUCGAGAAUGCAGCAAUUGGAGCAGCUGGGGCCGAUGCGUUUGGCCUGACCACGAAAGACCAGUCAGUCUCUUUUUUUCUUUCCUUCCAUUUCUUUUCCCUUUCUUAGUUGCCCUACAUUGAGCAACUCUCAGCAGUUUGUCAACAACAUUGGUUCUACAUCUUCAUCAAAAGAUAUGAGCCGGUGAAUUAGUCCUUUCAUGUAUAUCACUGUAGGCUUUUCAUCACAGGCUCUGAACAACUUCUACAACUACAUGAGCAGCGUUCUGAAAUCCACCAAGCCGUGCGGCUUGUGCUCCUACAAGCAGAGCUGUGGGUUCGGAGGAGCCAAGAAAUGCAAUCAAAGCCCGUUGUCGUGAGUUUCUUAAUCUUGAAAACUUGAGAAUCGUUAUUUUGAUAGGAUUCCUGGUGGACGACCUCUCAUGCCGUUUUUCGUGGCUGAAAGAGUAUGCACAGCAAGAGAUCUAGGCGGGGACGGUCAAGUGGACUCGUGUGCCGUCGACUACGACAAGCUCAUGGUAGAUUAAGGCCGACAUCUUUUGAAAAAAACUCGUUUCGAUCCCAGGAAAACGGGAAAGAGUGCCAACUGUGGCCGACGAAAAAAGUGGACUUGUCGACUGUGGAGCCGCAGUUCAGGCAGCAAAUCGACACACUCAACUGGUAUAGCUGCAUCCCACAAACCAGGUAAAUUGAUACCAUUUAUAUCUUAUCAUGCUCGAGUUUUUUCAUUAUAUAUUUUCAAAUCCUUUGAUAAUUGAUUUAGAAAGUUUCGCCGUGGCCGCGGUAAAAACGCAAAAUAUCGUUUCGAAAAAGUCUGCCGAUGUUGCUGCUUCCCAUUCAAACCAAAUCCGACAACUUUCAAGGUUUUACUUUUUUUUUACUAUCAUUCUAGUCUAAAGUGGCAGUCCUUAGAACAGUUUAGAUAAGGUUAAAAACUUUUUUUUAGUGCGAACACAUGGAAGGAAGCCCUGAAGCCCCUGGAAUGAGCCUGCUUCGUGGUGAACUCUGA